GCAUAUAUUUCUUUGCUUUUGACAAUCACCCAACCCAAAGGAAAUUGAUUCUGCAAAGUAGGCUCGUCUUUUUAGAUCGGAUUUUACUGGACACCCAGUAAACAAUAUACUGUCCCUUUCUGCUCGGCAAAACUUAUAGGCAGUCUAUCAGUUAAAAGUUCAACAAAAAAACCUUGGAAAAUGCCCUUAGCCAACUGUCAGUGAUUACUAUUCCCUUUUUUGAGAAGGUACAAACCUCAACUUACUUCGAAAUUCCCUUGAUUAUUAAGAUAUUUUAAUUUGAUUUAUCAGUGGUAUUUGGGUCAUUCUCCCGAAUGUUGACCUACAAGCUGUAAUAGUGAAUGAAAAAAAAACAAAAUUAAAAUUAAUAGAAUUAAGUUACUUAUGUCAAAUUAAGCUGGCAGGACGAUAGCAGCCUAGAGUAGGUGCUGUUAAACGCCUAAUUUUCACUGUUGUACCUUUUUAAUAUACAACACCUUGUCGUGGAGGAGUAAGACAAUCGUAAACUUCAAAGUUAGAGCAGUUGAAGUUACUUUUAAAUAAGGUGAAUCGUCUCUGCAGUUUCAAAGAAUAGUUCAAAGGAAAGUUAUAAUUUAUUGAAGCAAGCAGAUUGAUAUUUUAACUCUUGCUUUCACAAAAGAAAAAUAAAAUGGAUAGCUAAAAGUUUAUUUAAUUUCCAGCAAGAACUGACGCUGAUAUGACGAACUAAUGAAUGUUAAAUAGGAUUGGAUUGUCCUUGCCAUUAAUAGACAUGGCCAGCCAUUCUAAACUGUGUUACACAAUGUAUGAACAUAGGGUCUGAAAAAGUUGUCCAAUACUCAGCCCGUUUUUUUCAAUGAGGUAUUUCAUCAAAAAUAUACUUUACCCGUAGGCUAAGACCUGUGCGUGAUACUGUAAGGAUGGACGCGGCAGGGAUCUUUCAUAGCAAGCAAGGGUAUCCAGUCUGCCAUCGGGUCAGCUACUUAUUGGUGUUCAUUUUAAAAGGACCGAGAUGGCGAAAAAUAAAUGUAACCCUUCAAAAAUUCCAUUAUCACCUGGCUUAGCCUUGAUAUAGAGUCACAAGAACUUUAUCCUCUCUUUAAUUUGAAUUUAAAAAUAAAUGGCUCAACGAAAGUCUGAUAUGAUAUUGACGAAUGAUAAAGGUAGAAGGAAAGAAGGCAGAUGACAAUUCCCGGUUUUUCUCCGCUGUGCGCUUUCCUGCAUGCCUAAAUUUGAGUCGUUCCAUAAGGGGAGAUGGCAAAGUUUUUCACAAAGAUAAGUGGCCUGUAGUAAUGUUCCUCGUGUAGAGAGAGAAAAAGUCGAUAAUUCUGUCUUUACACAAGCAUUUAUAUGAUACAACAAAUAAUGUAUUUGUAGUGCGUUGAUUUUAUUAGGAAGUACCAAAAAGCAGAGGAAAUAAUUUUUACUGAAAUCGUUCCAUAAGGGGCGACGCGACUCUAUGCUUCUCAAUUUAAGUAAAGCAUUAGAAAAGAAGCAAAUCUCUUGACAGAAUUGUCAUGAGCAUUCAAAACAAUAAAAAAAUUUACAAUUGUCUUUGUUUACAGCUCCAAAACCCUCUCCAACAUAAUAACAUAGUUAAGAAACUCUCAGCAUUGUAAUUAAGCAUUGAGAAACUCGAUCUAAGAAACUAAAUUCCGGAUAUAAAGUAUCGUCACAUUCCGAAAUAGCCUUUCGAAACGGUCUUUGAAAAGUCACACUAAGCCCUGGGCUUACGUGAUGACUUUACAAAAAAACAUUUUUAAGAAUAUUUGAAAUUGGAUCCUAUAACCCGAGCAUCACGAGAAUUAAUUCAAAUCAGUUUAAUUAUUCCGAAUGUGGCCAAAAUUCAGAAGUCUUAAAACAGACUUUUUAUGACUCCUUAACGGAAUGCCAGCUGCCUGGGUGUACCAGGGACGCAAAAGCAUUUAAGCGGCCAAUGAAGUAACUGCAAUACUGGUUUGUAAAGAUGUUGCAAGUAGUUUUGCUUCAUAUAUCGUUUCAGAUAAAGGAAAUAAACUUAUUUUUCGAUGUUUAUUGUUAGUAAUGGUAAUACCUUGCUGGCAUUACUGCUGGGAUUAUUGCUUUAAAAAGUCAUAAGUCACGAAAAUUAUGUGCAUGAGUUUUCCUUCAAAUCACUAGAUGUUGCGAAUAACAAUCUGGGCAAAAUUGCUUUUAUUGGUACAUAUUAUUCGUUAAGUUCUUCAAUUGUUUCCUCUGAAAAGGCGCGUCAGCCAAAAUUUAGAUCUCCAUUGAUUCACUGAUUUGAUUAGAUUUUCGCAUAUAAAUUUGUUGUUGUCGUCCUUGCUUCAUUUUGUUGCCAAGCAACAUUUUCAAAAUGGCGGCCGCUUUGUCAACAUCACUUGGGAAAUCAAGCCGAAUGAAUAUAUCACAAACCAAUGUUUUUGACCAAGAAAAGCAGAGUUUGGUUGAAGAAGACUUACCACCCUCUAUUGAAGGCCAUCCUCUUGCUUGGAAAAAGUUUGAAGACGAGGAGGUGGAAAAACUGAAGAAAUUGAAUCCACCUGAAUUGGAAAGAAUACUAGCUGAAAAACUGGAUCUGAAAAACUUUAGAGUCUGUCUUGUGGAUGGAGCAAAGUUGGACUAUUAUGUUGGAGGUUUCUUGUUUGCUGCAGAAGAAAAGUUUGAUAACUUUCAAAUUUCUUGCAUUAUGGGCUUACUAAAAGAGGCUAUGACCAACUGUGAAUUAAAGAUGAGCCUAGAAAGAAAUGUUCAAGAAAUUAUAAGCUAUUUUGUUGGAACAAAUAAGAAAAAUUUAGAAAAUGUAGUUGGGAUGGAGAGAUUCAGUGUAGAGCAGGCCAAAAAGAUAGUAGAUUUUGUCAACCAAGGAAUAUUUCAACACUAUACAUUGUAUCAAAACUUAUUCAUGAACCAACAAGAGGAGGAAUUCAUUCAAAAGAUGCUUGAAAUCGAGGUCCUUCCAACUGGCGAUCUGCCAUUUCCUCCACCAUUGCAUGAAGGAAUGCCGAUUGAGCUGUAUGAAAAAUAUAUUUCUCCCCCACCAACUCAGGUAGCAAGCCUAGAGACAGAUGGUGGUAUGGAAGAGGAGAACUUAAAAGAGACUGAAAAAGACAUUACUGAAGGUGGUGAAGCAGAACCAAUCUCACAAAAGUCUAAACACGAGACCUCAGCAGAGAUGAUUUUGAAAACAUUGAAACCAGAGGAGAUAAAACAAAUUGUGGCAAGCGUGGCACAAGGAACCUUGGAAAAUAUAAAGGCAGAAGCAGAUAUGAAAAUCAAAGAGAGGGAAGCUGCCCUUGCCUCUAAAAUUAGCAAAUUGCAUCGAACUUGACAUGCAGAUUUUUAUCUCAAAUUUUCUCCUGUAAAUUAUUGAUACAUUUGUAAAUAAUUUGAUGUAGAUAUUUCGUUAUUUUUGGCUUUAUAAUUAGUUUCAUUUGCACUAAUAAUGUUUGCAGAAUAUAGAAUAUCUUGCAGUGGCGAAGCUGGCUUUAAGUCAAUGGUCAUGCUUUGUAUGGGACAGAAGGGGGACGGGGGUCUGGGGGCGUAGCCCCCAGGAAAAUUACACACAACCACACCCUAUAGAUGCUUGGAAAAGGGGGGUAACGCCCUUUUUAGUAUAUUGAAUCAAAUAGCUUUUGUUUAGAUCGCAAUCAAUGAUGUCAAGGACUUCAACAUCUAAAUGUUCUUUCCACCCCAUUCUCCAAUGUUGUGUUUUGGAAAUAUCUUUGGGACAAUGUUUUUGAAAAAUUGUGCAUUUGAAAACCCCCAACAAACACUACUGAUCAUACUGGAAAAACAUUGCAGAUGAGAGAAUAUUAUAUCUACAAAUAUUUUUCAAAAUCUAAACUUUUGAUAAAUCAGCUUAUUCAAAUCAGCAAGGGCUAAAAAAUAUCCACUCUCUUACUAUUAAUUAUUGACACUUUUGAUGAUGUUUCUGGAUUAAGAUGAAUUAGGCAAAAUAAGCCCUCAGUGAUAGGUAGGCACUCCCUUGCUUAUGAUACAGGGAAUUGUGGGAUGCUUGUUUCUUGGUUCAGAAUUGUAUACUUAGCUUCAAUUUUAUAAGCUUAAUUUUUACAUAUCUAAAACAAAUGUAUCAAGGAUAGUACUGUUUAGCAUAUACAAAAAGUUUUGACCCCUGUAUUCAAGGUGUAACAUGCCAUAAACAUCAACAAGUUAAGUCCAAGCCCAACAUCAAGGGCUUUCCUAUAACUUUGGUCUUCCAUGUUUAAGAAACCCCAUAGUUUUCCUGGCAACCGAAAGCCCUGGGGAAAUCAAACUGCACUGAGAAGGUUGGCUGUGUGGAAGCUACAUAUAUAGUAUGAUUAAAAAUCAUUUCUAAAUUCUAUCCAUCAGCAAAUUAUGGUCAAAUAUCCAAUAACAGGCAAGUUCCAGAGUGCAAUUUCAUUAUCAUCAUCAAGUCAUGGUGUAAUAUUGAAUAACAGGCAAAUUACAGGGUACAAUACAUUUGCAUUGCAUAGGGUACAAUGCAAAUUACAUACAUGUAUUUACAAAAGUUAUAGAGUAAUAUUGAAUAAACAAGCAAAUUUAAGGGUACAAUUUCAUUUAUCAACAAAAGUUAUGGUGUAAUAUUGAAUAAACAAGGAAAUAUAAGAGUACAAUUUCAUUUAUCAAAAAAAGAGUUGGUGUAAUAUUGAAUGCAGACAAAUUUCAGGGCACCAUUUCAUUUAUCAGCAACAAGUUAUGGUGUAAUAUUAAAUAACAGGCAAAUUGCAAGAUGCAAUUUGAAUUUUAUUUUAUACACAACAAGUUAUGUUGUAAUAUUGACUAAACAAGAAAUUUUUAAGAGAACAAUUCUUUCUAUCAACAACAGGUCUUGGUGAAAUAUUGAAUAAACAGGCAAGUUUUCAAAGUACAAUUUCGUCCCUCUCAGCAACAAGUAAGGUUGUAAUAUUGAAUAAACCAGAUAGAAUGGACAGGCAAUUUCCAUCCAUCAUGUAAAAUUCCAUCCAUCAGCAACAGGUUAUUGUGUGAUUUUGACAAAACAGGAAAUUUUCAAGAGUACAAUUCCAUGAGCAAGAGGUUUUGGGCGGACAUGAACAAUCCGGAGAGCUACCAUGUUUUGCUUGAUGUCAUAUUUCUAGGAGAGCGUUCCCUGACCCUAGGCGACCUGUGAUCCGUUGAUGUAGUCAAAAAAACUCCUUGACGUGUAUGACACGAGGUUAAUCGGAUUAUCCGAACCGGAUCCUUCACCUUCGCCGA